CCGCACCAGCAGGUCAGUGAACACCGAGUGCAAGUCAUCCUGACUACACCAGUUUUUACUGUCAAGGGGGGGGUGGUAGUGUUUUUUUUAUAGCCUGCUCUUAACCAGCAGGAUCAGUCGCACAGUGACACGGUGCAAGCUGUCACGGUAAGGCGCAACUUGUUAGCUCGCUAGCGAAAACCACAUGGAUCCCCAUAACACCAACACAGAGGCGAAGAUGUUGUUGAGCCAAGCUAAGACCCUCAGGCUCCACACCGGGAAUUUAGUCAGUCGAAGUCGCCUGAAAAAGAAAUGUCCCGGUUCUCCAAGCGAAGAGCUUCAAGACUGCAUUCAAGCCACACUGACUGACUGGUUUUCUACAAUAAAGCCGACAUCCAAGGACUUUACAGAUACUCUGGAGUGCUCGAUUCCCCAGCCAACAGACGCUAUCACACCUGAGGAGAGGGAAGAGCUCAAAGUCUCAGUCAAGCUGUUCCUGUGUGAACCAGUUGAGUCUUCUAUCAGAGAUGCAGUGGAGAUGGCCUGUCAGACGCUGGCUGUGUCCCAGCUUGACUCUGUUAUCAUCGCCCCACCUGGGCCCCUGGAGGGAGACAGCCUGAUGUUAGCCCACCUUCAGCCAGCAUGGGAGGAGCUGGAGUCUCUGGUCAGAAGUCAGAAAAUUGCAGCCAUCGGCACCUCUGACCUGGACAAAGACCUGAUGGAACAGCUCUACAACUGGGCUCAAGUGAAGCCCAGCAGUAAUCAGGUGAACCUGGCCUCUUGCUGCGUGAUGCCUCCUGAUCUCACAGCCUUCGCUAAGGAGUUUGACAUUCAGCUACUCACACACAACGAUCCCAAAGAGCUGAUGUCGGCAGCUACAUUCCAGGAGACAGUGAAGGGGGGCCUUCAGGACCUGCAGGACCAGGACCUCAAUGAUUGGAGGCUGGAGUGGGUCCUCCGCUACUCUAUUAUAGUCAAGAGUAGAGGCAUCAUCAAGGCAAAGGGCUACCUUGUCAGUGCGAGGAAGGCGAGCCCGUAGAACCUCCCUUGCUGAAGAAGAAGACAUAUGGAUCAAGUCAUUUUCCUCCUGUAUCAUUUUCACACACAAAAUGCAAAGUAAUAGUCCUGAGUCAUGGAUUCUGCCAGUCACCGUGAGUCCUGACGUCAUUGUAAGAACUGGCAGAUAAAAGCUGCAUCUCAAUCAUCUUUGGUUUCUAUGACUAUCAAAAGCACGUGUUCAUUACCAUAAUCUCAGUGAAUUGAAAAGAGAGCAUAAACAUGAACGGUCGAGUCUAUUGUCAAUUUUAGGAGAGAAGAUGGUCAAAGUGGAGUUUCAUGGAUGACACGCACAUUGAAAACUCAAUCCAUCAAUACAAUAGAGGCUGCUUUAAUAAUGGAAAUGAUGGUUGCUAAAGUUUGAUUUAACCCAAAGGGUCCUUAAACUCUGUCUGACUUCAAGUGCCUCUCCUCUCUGCUAUCCUCAUUCCCACCAUGCUUCCACUGUGUCUGUGUAAAAUCAAGCUUCAAUAUCUCAGUCAAAAUGACGGCUAAAAAGGAAGAAAAUCAUUGUUUUCUGAAGUGAUAUCAAGCAUUUUAAAGAUAAAAACAAGUCUGAUUUUAUUCAUGAACUUAGAGUAACUUUACUGUACAUAACACGGUUUGCAUUCCUCAGUUUAAAAACAUUAUGCACUAAUUAAGAUUGAACUUCAUAUGAGAUGUUUAUUUUAUGAUACUGAUUGAAUUAGACUUUUAACUGCUAAAGCAACAACUAUGUGAAAGUAACAGACUUCAUUAUAUCAUUUUUUCUGACUAUUUGCUGUUUUGGAUGAUGCAUUGAAACGUUUACCCACCCUGCGCUCAUGAGAUUAUUUAAGGGUGGAGAGUACAGUGAUAUUGACAUGCAAAGCAGGCUUAUGUCCUUUAUGUGCAUUGUUGUUGUAGCACUAAAAACUGAAAAAAUUGUCAACUUUGAGGAAGUCAUUUUUAUUUAAGAGUCCUGGCUGACCUAGUUAUUCAAACAAAGACAAGUUAUCUGUUGUACUGUAAACAAAGUUCAUGUUGUCAUGUCUGUAUAUCAAGAAUUGGCUUUAUUAAAAUAAUUACAUCAAA